CGCGACGGAAACUCUUGCAAGUGUGCCGCAAGGCACUGAGGUAUAAAGUUGCGGUUGAGCGCGAACAAGUUUAUAAAUAAUCACAAAGAGAUCGAGAAAAGCAAGGUAGAAGCAGCUGCCAUUUACUGUAAUUGCUAAGAUGGAUAUGAAAGAGGAGACGUGUGAGGCCGACAUUGAUACCUUGGACAUAUUUACUGUGCAAAUUAAGGAGGAGGAAGAAUCUGGAGAGGAGUCUGUCUGGUAUGAACAGGGCAGUCCCGGCAGUACGGAUGACAAUUAUGAACUGGCAACUGUGGGCAUUAAAGACGAGGAAGAGGAGACGUCUGUCGGCAUUGAGAUGCACAAACAUAAAAGCGUGAAGCAUGUUAAGCUCGAUGUGAGAUCUAACUCUAGGACUCAAGAGGAGCAACCAUCUCCUACACAUCAGUCUAAAGAAAGUUUACAAAACCGUGGUGGCUAUGAUGAUACAAUGAUGAAAAAGACGUCUGGAUCAGUGGGUGAAAUACAAGCCUUUUUGCAGGAUGAUUCUCUGUCACUAAUGAAACUAAUGAUGGUAGGUGCCAUCACUAGUGAACAUCAAAUACACAAUUCUAACUCUGCCACAGUCCACCAGGAGCAAAUAAAAAGGUAUAAAAGCAAAUCCAAUUCCAAAAAUGUCAAUCCAGGUCAAAGAAAAAAAGUUUACCAGUGCUCGGAAUGUGGAAAAACACUCACCACUAACCACAGCCUUCAGCUCCACAGAAGAAUUCACACUGGGGAGAGGCCAUAUUGCUGUUUAGAAUGUGGUGCACGGUUUUCUGGAAAAAAUAAUCUUAAGAUUCAUGAAAGAAUUCAUACGGGAGACAAGCCAUAUUGUUGUUCCGAAUGUGGAAAGGCAUUUACUACCAACGAUUCCCUUCAGAAUCACAGAAGAAUUCACACUGGAGAAAAGCCAUAUUGCUGUUCAGAAUGUGGCACACGGUUUUCUGCAAGGGGCAGUCUUCAGAAGCACAAAAGAGUUCAUACGGGCGAGAAGCCAUAUUGUUGCUCUGAAUGUGGAAAAACAUUCACCACUAACCACAGCCUUCAGAUCCACAGAAGAAUUCACACUGGGGAAAAGCCAUAUAGCUGUUCAGAAUGUGGCGCACGGUUUUCUGGAAAAAACACCCUUAUGAUGCACAAAAGAAUUCAUACGGGAUACAAACCAUAUUGUUGUUCUGAAUGUGGGAAAGCAUUUACCACUAGCCAUAGUCUUCAGCACCACAGAAGAAUUCACACUGGAGAAAAGCCAUAUUGCUGUUCUGAUUGUGGCAAGAGAUUCUCCGGUAACAGCGGACUUCUGAAGCACAGAAGAACUCACACUGGAGAGAAGCCAUAUUGUUGUUCUGAGUGUGGAAAAUCAUUCGCCAGGAAAAGCAACCUUAAGAACCAUGGAAAAAUUCACAGUGGAGAGAAACCUUAUGAUUGUUGUGUAUGUGGCAAACAAUUUUCAACCCGUACCACUCUUCAACUACACACACGAGUUCACACUGGAGAUAAGCCAUAUUGUUGUUCUCAUUGUGGCAAACGAUUUUCACAAAAGGGUGUUCUUCAGUCCCACACAAGAACUCAUACUGGAGAGAAGCCAUAUUGCUGUUCUGAAUGUGGAAAAGUUCUCACCACCAAACGUAGUCUUCAGGACCACAAAAGAAUUCACACUGGAGAAAGGCCGUUUGGUUGUUCUAAAUGUGGCAAAAGAUUCAACACCAGUGGCUGUCUUCUAACACACUCACGCGUGCACAGUGAUGAGAAGCCCUAUAGUUGUUCUGAAUGUGGAAAACUAUUUUCCACCCACAACGGCCUUCGAUACCAUCAUAAAGUUCACUCUGGAGAAAAGCCAUAUGGUUGCUCUGAAUGUGGAAAGCGAUUCACUGCCAGUAGUCCUCUUCAAAGACACAUAAGAUUUCACACUAGAAAGAUGACACAAUCUAGACAAUGUAAGAAAAAAAGAAUGGAUGUAAAAGAGGAGAUGUGUGAGGCUGACCUAAAUAUCAUGGAGAUAACAGCUGUGAGCAUUAAAGAGGAGGAACGUGAAGGAGAGCCUGUCCACCCUAAACAGGAGAGUCUGCACAUUAAGGACGAGGAUUGUGAAUUUGGGUCAGUGGGCAUUAAAGAAGAGGUUGAAGAGAAGUGUGUCAGCCUUGAGACGCACAUCCAUCCAACUAUGGCGAGUGUCAAGAAAGAGGACCUUCAUGAUGGCUGUCAAGGUGGAGUGGUGACCGGGUUUGACACUUCUCCAAGUAGACACCGUUCAUCUCCGGAGUGUUCUGUCGAUGUGAAGUCUGAAUCAUUACAGCCUGACACAAAGAGGGCUGAGAAAAUGUCAUCUGUCAGGACUCUUAAAGAUCAACCACCACCUUCAAAUAAGUCUGGAGAAAGAAAAAAAUCUCAUACCUGUUCUGAAUGUGGGAAACAAUUCAGGUACAGGAGUCAUCUUCGGAAACACCUUAGAAGUCACACAGGAGAGCAGCCAUAUUGCUGUAAUGAAUGCGGAAAACUGUUUUCACAAAGUAACCAUCUUCAGAUCCACAAAAGAAUUCACACCGGAGAGAAACCGUAUUGCUGUUCUGAAUGUGGCAAACAGUUUUCAAGAAGAAGCACUCUUCAGAGCCACAAAAGAAUUCACACAGGAGAGAAGCCAUAUUGUUGUUCUGAAUGCGGUAAACAAUUCUGCCGCAGCAGUAGUCUUCAGAGCCACAAAAGUAUUCACACAGGAGUGAAGAUGUAUUGCUGUUCUGAAUGUGGCAAACAAUUCUCCCGAAACAGUCAUCUUCAGUGUCACAAAGUAAUUCACACAGGAGAGAAGCCAUAUUGCUGUUCUGAAUGUGGGAAGCUAUUCGCUAAAAAGAGUUGUCUUCAGAGCCACACAAGAGUUCACACUGGAGAGAAACCAUUUCGCUGUAAUGAAUGUGGCAAACAUUUUUCAGAAAGGAUCGGUCUUCAUAGGCAUAAAAGAAUUCACACAGGAGAAAAGCCAUAUUGUUGUUCUGAAUGUGGUAGACAGUUUGCUCAAAUGAGCAGUCUUAAGAUACACUCUACAGUUCACACGGGAGAGAAACCAUAUUCUUGUUCUGAAUGUGGCAAACGAUUCUCACAAAGUAGUAAUCUGCUGGGCCACAAAAGAAUUCACACUGGAGAGAAACCUUACAGCUGUUUAGAAUGUGGCAAACAGUUUUUACAAAUAGGCACCCUUAAGAGACACAAAAGUGUUCACACUGGAGAAAUAUGAAAUGGGCACACUCGGAGAAUGCUCAUUACUCAGAAAUGGAACGUAUUUAUAACUAACCAAUUCUCAAACAAGCAUAUGCAAAUAAUAAAGGGAGGUGUUUUGCAAGAGUUAAUAAUGAAAUGAAUUGAGUUGCAGGAGACAAACUGACAAGGAGAACCUGUGUGCCACACAAACUGCCAAAAGACCACAAGAGAAGUUGACUACAAACAUGCAGGAUGCAGAACAGCCAGAAAUAGAAAAACCUAUUAAGACACUAGAAGAAACUCAACAAAAUUCAAAAACAAAUAAGGCACCUAAAGACCAUAGCCAACGUUUAUUUUCAAGGAAUACAUCAGCAGAACAAAAGCAUCCUCUGGAUAUACCUUACCACACAUAACAAAACACAAGCUAUAAAUCACUUUGUAAUCCCUGUGCUAUCGUACAGUUUUGGUGCAACCAACACGCCCCAACAUGAGCUUCAUAAACUAGACACCAAAACCAAACAAAACGCUGCAUGCAUGUCAACUCAUAUGGAAAAAUGAAUGUAUUCCAAGAGUCCAUAUACAAAAAUCAGAAGGAGGGUUUGUGCCUAAUUGAAACUGACUACACUUUCAAAUCAGCAAUAAAUGGGCUCUAAACUUACCUGAUGAGCUCAGGAUUCUCAAAUGUCCUAAAACUACUGAACCACUAAGUAAGAAUUCCCAAAAUAGCAUCCAUAAUCAAACUAGCUGAGCAAAUGAGGAAAGGUUAGAAACUUCCCAACUACUUGCACAGAUGGCCACAGCACAACAUGCCAAGCAACAGAAGGAAGAAUUCAAAAAAUUAAAUCUCCAAAAAAAAAAAAAUGCAGUGAUAAGUUUGCUGCCUUCCGCCAUAGCCUCUUGUGGACCCAAAACGUACGCAUGCAUG